CGAAACAGGAUAUGGGAAUCACAAGACUGGAACAGGCGACGCGCUUUCUCCGUCUCCACUGAAACCGUUUUGAACUCACUCUAGAAACACUGAACUGUCAAUGUCACUUUUGGCCAUCAAGAGCGAAAAAAUGAAGAAAAUGAACAAAAAGAAGAAAAUGGACAAAACAGGGAACCAUAGCAUUCGCGAAUUCUUAGUGAAAAUGUCGACUGACAACAGCAGUGAAGCCAGGAGGAUUUCACAAUCCAGUGAAAAUGUUCAGGAAAAAGAAAACGAUACGAGCAUGAAAGAAGAAAAGGGGCAACGAAAUAACGACCGUAAUCCACUACAGGAGAGGACAAACGAUUUUUCUGAAGAAGCACAAUCAAACAGUAAUCUGCAGCAGAGUGAAGAAGGGCAAAGCCACGUUUUCAGUUUCCGCCACAGAUACAAGAAGCAUGCUGUGUCAUGUGACACAUCCAAUACUGUAUUCGAUGCACUUAAUUCAAACCCUAUUUUCAAAAACAUUAUGAUAAAAAACAAAGGUAGAGAAAUAGUUAUCCGGAGAUCAAAAGGAGACGUUCCUAGAGCUGCUGUGAAGAGAGAUUUCCCUUGCUGUCUUAUUGAAAAAUAUGAGCUGUUGGAUAUAACCUUCAUCAAGAACGGUGGAAACAAUCCUACAGAGAAGAAAACUGUAAGGCGUUCGUUCUCCAAGGAAACAGGAAACAUAGUAACCUUUAACAUCAAAACAACAGGAGGGAAGAAAGUGAAACUCUUAAUGAGAAACAGAGUGCUGAGGAGGAAAGUUGAAGAUGUUUGUGUGUAUGCAUUCAAAGAUGACAAGAUAACAAAUGCUCUUCAGCGUGAUGGGCGGUUCAUUAAUGACAUUUUCAAAAAACGAUGCGGCCUUUUCGAGCGUAAGAGCGAGACAAUCUUUGGAAUGUCACAAAGUGUAGAGCAUCUUGACGGAAAGCAUUUUAAGAUCAUUGUUAUGAAGGAUAAUCAGCAAGAUAGUCAAAAUGAUUCCAAUACUGAUGUAAACAGUGAAGUGAAUGCCGCAUCCUCUGCUGAUUUGAACAAAAGUGCUGAUUUUCAGCAUGAUACUAUCAACACUGAACGAGAAAAAACCCAAAAGCAGAAAUCCACAAAUUCCUCAACUGAAUUUGUGAAAAAAAUUCCAAACUCAGAAGAGACUCUGGAAUUUCUGCGUGCUCAGUUUAAAGAUUUACUGGAGACAUUAAAGCAGCGAAAGAACCUGAAGAACAACUCUGAGGUCAAGAAGUUCUUCAGAGCAGAAUAUGAUAAAAGUGUUCAGAGUUUUUUGGAAGUUAAGAAGGUGAAGCAGCUCACGGGACUCUCUGGCUCUGUGUGUCAGAUUCGAGUGGAAGGAUCCGCCAAGGGAACAGGCUUUCUUCUCUUUGACAGAUUCAUCCUAACGAAUGCUCAUGUUAUUGGAGAAUUCGACCCUUUCUCCAGGAAGCUUUCAAAGACCUUCACAGCAGUAUUUGGUUAUGAAGAUUUGGAAGCAAAAGAGACCAAGAGUGUGUCCAUCAAGCAAGACGUUGCAGCGUACUAUCAUGGAAAGUUCAGCAUGGACAGGCAUCUUGACUUCGCUCUUCUCGAACUCGAUGACACUGAUGAAGUUGCCGACUGUCCUAGAUUGCUCAAUUGCUACAUUCAUGGCCCUCCUCCUAACCGUGGUGGAAUCUGCAUUGUGGGACAUCCAGAUGGAGGAGUCAAGAAAAUGGACCCCUGCUUCAUCAUUGAGAAAGAGCAUCUACAAGAGGCUGCAAAUGAACACGUAUUAAAAAACAUUGAGUUCAUUCAAGUGAUUACACAACAGUCUUUAGCAGAGAAAUGGGAAAUGCAUGACAACCAGAUCAUUUAUAACUCGUGCUUCUUUCACGGAUCUUCCGGCUCUCCAGUUUUUGAUGAGGACUGUUAUCUGAUUGGCAUGCACACUGGUGGCUAUGUGUACAAAGGAGAAAAUGGCAAAACCAGGAGCAUCUUGGAGUACUGCUAUUCCAUGCAGCCCAUUCUGGAAAGUAUCGGCACACAAGCCAAGAAAAAUGGGAGAUCUGACAUCUUGAAGUUGCUCUCUGAAAAUGGAUGCUUAAAUCUCAACAUGGACGACAAUGAUGUGGAAAUGGAAGAUUUGCAAGAUAAGGGUGACCAUCAAUAAAGGGGCAGUCACAUGUCGCAGUAGGCCCUGUC